UCAAUCCAUCAUUGCGGGUUGCGGGGGGGUGUAUGAUGGGUUCCGUGUGGACGAGUGGCUCCUCUCAUCCUGACCCUCGCCGCCCUCCUCGCUUCUCUGCUCGCCCAAGACAACGGCGAGAGGGAGGAUCGCAUCGAAAACGUGCGGCGCGAUGCGAAGGAGAGACAGAAUUUUAAAAAAACCACCACGAAAUGUGAUAAAUAAAUAAAUAGUAGAGGAGAUCUCGAGCCGGCUGCGAGCAAUGAUUGCGGAGCGGAGACAAUGGAGACAAUGGGGCCCGGGCUCACAGGAGCGCGGAGGAUAACGGGACGGGACAGCCGGGUUCAAGGAGCAUCAUCGGCAUCAUCAGCGCACCCACUGCGAGUGAUAUCCGAACCGCUCAUCCGUCCCACCCACGCUUCCCAUGACCUCAGCAACUCACACCGACCACAGAGGGUACAGCACCGGCUUGUCACGGGCGCGGAGACAUCGCCGCCUCCACCUCCUCCUCCUCCACCUCCUCCUCUACCUCCUUCACCACCUCCUUCACCACCUCCUCCUUCACCUCCUCCACCCCACAGCGACACGGGGGAGCCGCGCAAGGGGACCGGGGCCCCCGCGGGGUCGAUCUCUGGGGGUUGUUGGGGGUGUGAAGCUGGCGAUGGCGCAGGGCUCCGAGGAUGCGCUCAGGCCGCUGCUGAGAAACUACCGGUUCAGAGACCUGACCCUCAUGGAGGUGCGCCUGGCAGGAGCCCGAUAUGCUGAGCUGCACCCAGGACGAGACGUAUACGUGGCCACGAAUGGGAUUGACAAGAAUUUGCUGCACCUCAGUGGAACAAUCCCUGUGAUUUAUGAAGGGUUCGAGUACAACAUGCCCGUGCGCUUGUGGCUCCCCGAGUCGUUCCCGUACAGCCCCCCGCUGGCCUUCGUGCAGCCUACGCAGGACAUGAUUCUCAACCCCGGGCACCACGUGGACUCGCGCGGCCGAGUGUAUUUGCCCUACCUGCAGCACUGGACGCAUCCGAACUCCACCACGUGUGGCCUCCUGCAAGCCAUGGCGGACGUCUUUGCCAAGGAGCCGCCCGUAUCGGCUCUCCCGAGGGGGCCCACAAGUCCGCCUUCUUACAACUCCUGGCAGUGACCAAACCCAUCGACCUCACCAAGGGGCCUGCUUGGGGUUCUCAGACCGGCGAGCCAGUCCAGGCGGCGCCUCCGACGGGAUGUGCCGUGACACUUGACUGACUGGAGGCUCGAGAGCUUUGAAGAGCGAUGGGAGUGCAGAAGGAAUUGGUGUGGGGGUGCUGGGUGGACACGUGGGUAUUGGUGCAGGGUGAGUGCAUUUGCGCUAUAUGCGUUGCACGCAGCACCAGCUAUAUGCUUCUGCUGGGAGUAGCCAGGGAGGUGCGAGGGGGAUGUUUUGUGCAGCGACUCGAGCUGGUUUCCCAGUGGAAUGCCUUUUACUGUCACACAAGACAUCAUGGCCUUUAGUAUAUACUGUCUUAUUUAAAAGCAUACUCACGUGGGAAUUACUAUAACAAUGGCCAAUACCAAGAGUCUGCUCAAGGUUAUGGUUGAUCUCCAGGUUGGUGGUUUUAAGUGUAAUGUAAUUCAUUUAAGUGUUUGCUAUAACACGGUUAUUUAAAGUGAAAUGAUUCGGUGGAAAUUUUAAGUUAAAUUUUUAUGACUUUUUUCUCAAGCCAUAGAAAGAUUGAGUCACAAGAGACGAAUAGGAAGGCUUGCUCCAGAGUUGGAGCUGAAUAAUGGGGCAGGUCAUUUAUUUGAACGUUUAUGUUUUAACAAAAGUUUCCUUGCGAGCCAUUUGUGCCUUCAACAGAUUUAUAUCUGCGAGUAAAUUGUGCUUGCUAAUCGUGAAGACAAUGAGCAAUAAUGCAGGGCUGCAGGCCAUUUUUUUAUAUAUAAAGAAUGGUGUUUGACCCCCUGUUGCUGGUGAACAGAACAUGGCUGGAGCUGCGAUUUGAAUCUCUGAAAAUUCAGAUAUCCGACCGCAAACCAUUCAGCAGGGUAUUCUCACCUGUCACUCAUUUCUAUCGUGGGAACAAGUUGCACACCGUUUAAUAUUUUUGUAGCACAUUCCAGUGGCUGAAUGUGGAACCACUUCACAGGUGGUGAUGAGUAGUGUGGGACUGAGACUCUUAAUACCUUGAGCUUGGGCAAACAAAGGCAUUAGCAAAGUAAAUACUGUAUAUGCAAGAGCAUAACUAGUAUGCUUUUCAGAUGAGCACUUGUGUGAAUGUACAAUGAAAUGUGAAAAGUAUGUAUUACUUACGUUGGGAAAAAAUAUGCAAAUAUAUGUUUAAGAUUUUUAUAUGUAGUAAUAGCAUGAGGAACAUGCGACCUCGGUUUGGUCUUGUGUGUGUGCGAUUGCUUUUGUGAAAGGAACAAAUUCAAACUUGAGCACUGCUCCCGUCCCAUUAGAAUAACGUUAACACGUUCCAGUAAUUGUGUUUUCAUUUCCAGUAAUUAUGUGUUUUCACUUCGACCAAAUUAUAUCCGAACAUUUCCUGUAAAGAACAUCGGUGGAUUCUGUGGAAUGUUUUUGGACUGAUAAAAGAAAAGUACCAAAGAAUAAAAAAUACAAAUCACCCGAAA